AUGGCGACCGAGGGCGAAUACGAGUCGAUCCUUUGCGUUAAACCCGACGUCAACGUUUAUCGAAUACCACCGAGGGCUACAAAUCGUGGAUACAGGGCAGCAGACUGGAAGCUGGAUGUGCCCGAUUGGUCAGGGCGCAUGCGGAUCACGGCGAAGGGGAAAGUGGCCUACAUCAAACUGGAAGACAAAGUCUCAGGGGAGCUGUUCGCUCAGGCCCCUGUCACAGAGUAUCCCGGCAUUGCAGUUGAAACCGUAAGCGACUCCAGUCGCUACUUUGUCCUGCGAAUACAGGAUGACAAUGGCCGCAGUGCGUUCAUUGGUGUUGGAUUCGGGGACAGAGGGGACUCUUUUGACUUCAACGUGUCUUUGCAGGACCACUUUAAGUGGGUGAAACAAGAGAAUGAGAUCAGCAAAAACCCUCAGGGGGCAGCUUUAGGACCAAAGCUGGACUUGGGAUUUAAAGACGGACAAACCAUCACCCUUAAUAUUGGGCAAGGCAAAAAGAGGGAUAAGCCACGCCCACAGGGGGCAGGUGGGCUCGGUCUCCUACCGCCGCCACCAAAAGGAAAGAUGGCCCCUCCUCCUUCCUCUGCCUUCUCCAAUCACAACACAGUGCCUCAAACAGGAGGCUCAGAUACGGAUCUGGACAGUAGUAACUCCAACACUGUGGUCCAAUCAUCCAACCCCAGCAGUGAUCUUUGGGGAGACUUCUCCUCUCCUGCAAGGUAA